CACCUGAGGCCGAGGACACAACAGAUCUUAUAACUGUAUUUCUAGGACGGCAAACGGCAUUGGGGCUCUGCGAAGGUGCCAUUGUGUUGUUGAUAGCGUCUCUCCUCAGCUUGCUUUCAUCAAUUAGCUGAUCUUGUUUUGCUAAGCAUCGAUCUACUUGGGAUUCAGGUUUGAUUCGGAAAUCAUGGUGAAGGACACUCAAUAUUAUGACAUCUUGGGUAUCAACCAUGACGCAUCUCCAGCAGAGAUCAAGAAAGCUUACUACUUGAAGGCAAGGCUGGUGCAUCCAGACAAAAAUCCUGGAGAUCCCCAAGCUGCACUCAAUUUUUCGGUACUCGGGGAGGCUUAUCAAGUUCUAAGUGAUCCAGUUAAGCGAGAAGCAUAUGACAAGAAUGGAAAGUCUGGAGUACCCCAGGAUUUCAUGGUGGAUCCUGCUGCAGUUUUUGGGAUGCUUUUUGGUAGUGAGUUCUUUGACGACUAUGUGGGGCAACUUGCUUUGGCUUCAUUAGCAUCCGUCGAGACAGAAGAAAGCUCACAGGUCCCAGAAGUGAGGAGGCAAAAUAUUAAGGACAAGUUGAAGGAGUUGCAGAAGAACAGGGAGGAAGUGCUGAUAAAGAAUUUGAAAGACCGCUUGCAAACAUUUGUUGAAGGUCAAACUGAUGAAUUUGUAAAACGGGCGAAUUCAGAAGCCCGUCGUCUUUCACAAGCUGCCUUUGGUGAGGCUAUGUUACACACUAUUGGCUAUAUUUACACAAGGCAAGCUGCAAGAGAGCUUGGGAGGACCAAAAGAUUUAUGGGAGUUCCAUUUUUGGCAGAGUGGGUUCGAGACAAAGGUCAUACUAUAAAAUCUCAAGUUACAGCUGCUUCAGGUGCUGUGACUUUAAUUCAAAUACAAGAAGGGCUGAAGAAAUUGGAGCAAGGUGAAAACAAAGAAGAGAACUUGCUGAAGCAAAUUGAAGAUAAGAAAGAUGCUAUGGUUAAUUCUCUUUGGAAGAUUAAUGUUGCUGACAUUGAGUCAACUCUCUCACGUGUUUGUUCUGCGGUUCUCAAGGACCCUAGCGUUUCAAAGGAUGUUCUUAAGCUACGAGCCAAAGCAUUAAAAAAGCUUGGUACAAUCUUCCAAGGCGCCAAGGCUAACUACAGGAGAGAAAACAGUUUGCGUUAUGAGAGUGACACAAAGACGGAUGCCAUAUCAUCAUCAGCAGCAGCAGCAAAGGAAUCAUGAUAUGACUAGGUUUUUGAAACCUGUGUCAAAGGUUAAUGUGCUGUUUAAAGUGGGUGUAGAUCAUAUGUUGCAAUGUUAUAUUCAUCCGUGUGCUAAAAUCUUUUUGUGGUCGCUUCUGUAUUGAUUUUAGUUUUAUUGUCUGUGUUGGUUGAAAUGUUAGCAUCAGCAAUCCAACUGGAAAUAUUGUAGUGAUGUUUUGUUUUGCUGUCCUUUCUACAGAUUUGCUUAUUAUUCUGA